AGGAUAUUGUCAUAACUGAUCCACAAAUAUUGCUUGAUUUAGUCAAUGAGCUAAUACUGUGCACUUUCACCUUCAAGAAUAUAAGAACAAUGGGGAGUAGAAGUGAAGCAGAAAGAUUCCAUUCAUCUGGUCGUUUCAAGAAGCAAAGCUUGCAAAAAUGUGAUAUAAUAAAGAAAGGCUUACUAACAGCAGAUCAAGUUAUAUCUAUCCUGAUACAUUUGAGUAUAAUAGCACCAGUUGGUAUCAAUAGUGAAGGAGAGGAAGAAUAUUUCCUUCCUUGUGUCCUAGUCCAUGCUCCAGUAUCUGUGCUUGCUAGUACUGUUGCUCCUGGUUAUUCUCCAUUAUUAAUCACAUUCAAGUGUGGAUACACUCCUAGAGGAGUCUUUAGUUGCCUCAUUUCUUCUAUUCUGUGCUCCAGAGAAGGUCAGUGGGUAUUAGCUUCUGAUAAAAUAUACCGCAAUCAAGUUAUGUUUCAUCUCACUGAGUACGGUCACUAUGUUCUACUGAAGAACUGCAUCAAAUAUUUACAAGUUACCAUUACAGUGUGUCAUGGGUCUACUAUUUCUGAUGUUCCUUUUCCUAAAAUUCAAGAGUUCCUUUCCCAGCAUCUGUUAAUCGUUAUAACCAAGUUGAGAUAUUCUGCCCAUAAAGUAGGUCAUUCAUUUGGUUUCCAUUGUACACUAGAGGAUCAUGCUACAAGUGAUCCUCAUAUAGCCCAAUGUAUCAUUAGUAUACAGAAUCCACACAUAAAGUGUACAAUUGGUCCUUCUCCAAUGACAGCAUCCCUCACUUUAGAGCAAGCUAUCUGGUUCAAAGUCUCGUCGAAGGGGCAGGACAAGACUAAUUAUUCUAAUACAUUAAGAACAAGCUUUGAUAUAACACAUCUCUCUAUGGUACUUCGGUUCCUAACUAAAGAGCAUUAUGAUGCUACUACUUGGCAACAGUUAGGACUAGCACUGGGAAUCUAUCAGCCAACACUUAACAAGAUUGAGAGUGAUGCCAGAGGUAAAACAGAAGACUGUUUAAGAGUAUGUCUGUCAUCUUGGUUACGUCAAGAAGAUAAUGUGAAAGAGAGUGGAAUACCCAAUUGGUAUACUUUAGCAAAAGCACUUGAUUCUAUUGGACAACGUAGUAUUGCUGAUCUAGCUUAUGUCAAGCAUUAACUUAUACACACAUGAACCAAAAACUAUAACUUAAGCAAACACACACACACAAACUACUUGCAACAGAUAUAUUAUAGUGCAUGUACGUUUUUCUAAAAA